CCGCGGCGGCGGCGGUGCCCGGGAGGAUGCCGGGGAAGCGGGGCUCAGCGGGCGGCGGCGGAGGUGGAGGCGGCGGCAGCGAGCUCCCGGGGGCCGGGGCGCCGCGGCAGCGGAGGCGGCGGAGGAAGGUGUCCUGCUUCUCCAGCAUCCAGCUCUUCCUCGUGUCCGAGUGCGCCCUGAUGCUGGCCCAGGGCACCGUCGGAGCCUACCUGGUGAGUGUUUUAACCACCUUGGAGCGGCGAUUCAACCUGCAGAGCGCUGAUGUGGGCGUCAUUGCCAGCAGCUUCGAGAUCGGCAACCUGGCCCUCAUCCUUUUCGUGAGCUACUUCGGAGCCCGAGGACACAGACCACGCUUGAUAGGAUGUGGAGGGAUAGUCAUGGCCUUGGGCGCCCUGCUUUCUGCAUUGCCUGAAUUUCUGACCCACCAGUAUGAAUACGAAUCUGGGGAAAUACGCUGGGGAGCCGAAGGGAGGGAUGUGUGCGCUGCCAACGGGUCCGCCAGCGAUGAGGGACCAGACCCAGACCUUAUCUGCAGAAAUCGGACUGCUACCAACAUGAUGUACUUGCUGCUCAUCGGAGCACAGGUCCUCCUGGGCAUUGGUGCUACCCCCGUCCAGCCCCUGGGAGUUUCCUACAUUGACGACCACGUGAGGCGGAAAGAUUCCUCUCUGUACAUAGGGAUCCUGUUUACGAUGCUUGUAUUUGGGCCAGCCUGUGGAUUUAUCUUGGGCUCCUUCUGUACCAAAAUCUAUGUGGAUGCUGUCUUCAUUGACACAAGUAAGCUGGACAUCACUCCGGACGACCCUCGGUGGAUCGGUGCGUGGUGGGGAGGCUUCCUGCUCUGCGGUGCCUUACUCUUCUUCUCGUCCCUGCCGAUGUUCGGGUUCCCACAGUCCUUGCCCCCGCGGACAGAGCACGCAGGGGAGAGUGAGCAGGCCAUGCUUCCCGAGAGGGACUACGAGAGGGCCAAGCCGAGCAAUGGGGUCCUGCGGCACCCGCUGGAUGCGGAGAACAGCACAACCUGCUUCCAGCAGCUGCGAGUGAUCCCCAAAGUAACAAAGCACUUGCUCUCCAAUCCUGUCUUCACCUGCAUCAUCCUGGCAGCCUGCAUGGAGAUUGCCGUGGUGGCGGGCUUUGCCGCCUUCCUGGGAAAGUACCUGGAGCAGCAGUUCAACCUCACCACCUCGUCUGCCAACCAGCUGCUGGGGAUGACAGCAAUCCCAUGUGCGUGUCUUGGCAUAUUCCUGGGUGGCCUCUUGGUGAAGAAGCUCAGCCUCUCUGCUCUGGGAGCCAUCAGGAUGGCCAUGCUGGUGAACCUGGUGUCCACAGCUUGCUACGUGUCUUUCCUGUUCCUGGGAUGCGACACAGGACCUGUGGCAGGGGUUACUGUUCCCUAUGGAAACAACUCAACUCCAACCUCAUCUCUGGACCCAUAUUCCCCCUGCAAUAACAACUGUGAAUGCCAAACUGAUUCCUUCACUCCAGUCUGUGGUGCAGAUGGGGUCACCUACUUAUCUGCCUGCUUUGCUGGCUGCAGCAGCACGAACCUCAGCGGCUGUUCAUGCCUCAGCUCGGUCCCUGCCGAAAAUGCCACCGUUGUUCCCGGAAAAUGCCCCAGUCCCGGCUGCGAAGAGGCCUUCUUGACAUUCCUCUGCGUGAUGUGCGUUUGCAGCAUGAUCGGGGCCAUGGCGCAGACGCCCUCAGUGAUCAUACUCAUCAGAACCGUGAGCCCUGAACUCAAGUCUUAUGCUUUGGGGGUGCUUUUCCUGCUUCUCCGUUUGCUAGGUUUUAUUCCACCUCCCCUGAUCUUUGGGGCUGGAAUUGACUCCACGUGUCUGUUCUGGAGCACGUUCUGUGGCGAGCAAGGAGCCUGCGCACUGUAUGACAACGUGGUCUAUAGAUACCUGUACGUUAGUAUUGCUAUAGCCCUCAAGUCUUUUGCAUUCAUCUUGUACACAACCACCUGGCAGUGCUUGAGGAAAAACUAUAAAAGAUACAUCAAGAACCACGAAGGUGGGCUCAGCACUAGUGAGUUUUUUGCCUCUACUCUCACCUUAGACAAUCUGGGGCGGGACUCGGUGCCCCAAAAUCAAUCACAUAGGACAAAAUUUAUCUAUAACCUUGAAGAUCAUGAGUGGUGUGAAAAUAUGGAGUCUGUUUUAUAGUGACUGUGGAGGGGUGAACUAUAUUAAUAAUAUAAGGGUCCUUUUUAAUAAAAACAAGAGGAGAGUGAGAGUGAAGAAGUACAAUUGCAAAGCAACAAUGGCAACACAGGAAACUUUUGUCUUUUUCUCAAAGUCAAACCCAGUCAGGAUUCUUGAGAACAACAUCUUUUCAUGGGAUCACUUGCGAUAUCCUGCGGGGUGAUGGAGAAAGCAGGGAGCUGCUGCGGCUGGGUACCAGCCCCUUUGAUGACAGUACGGGCUUCCAAAACGGGAAUCGACGAAGGGCAUCCACAGAGGUUCAUCGGAGAGCUCGGCAAACGGACAGGCUUGGGCAUGAGGCAUAGAGAAAGCAAGAUGUUAAGGGCAGGGAUGUGUGGAGCCCUGCUAUUCCCGCGACGUGGGCUGAGGGGUUAGCUGGGCUGUUCGAACCCGGCGCACGCCGUGAUGGCAAAGAGGGAAUGGUGCUGGAGUUGUUCGACCACUCACACUCUGCCACCAGCCACGAGUCCACGAUAAAUACCUUCAGAGCUGCUGGAAACCUUCCAGGUAGCUGGCAGUGCUGUCCGAGUAUCCGAGUCCUUCCAGCUGAGGCGCAUUCGCAGAUCGCAGCUCUUUGGGUGUCUGUGAAUAGCUGUGCUCAGAUCUGUCAAACCCAGUAAAGUUCAAGACAUUUGCUCACACUUGCCAAACGUGCUGUCAUUUUUAAAGGGGGAUGAAUUCCAAAUAUUUGUCUGCGUAGUCCUCUAAUAAGGUUUUAUAAAGUUAUUUUCAAAUCUAUGUUAACCCUUAAAUCGCUGACACUUUUCCAUAGGGUGGAUUUAUUUAUGCUAGUUCGGGGAAGGAUUCUGUUUAAUAAUAUGACUGAAGGGGUUUGUUUAAUCCUCUGCAUUUUUUAUCCAUACGCCUUCAUUCUAAUAUGCUACCAAGCCAAUGAAGACACACAAUAUGUUUUUAAAAAAGAGAAUGAAUGCACUGUGUCUCUCUAAAAAAAAAAAAAGUCAGUUGGAAAAUUAUAGAUAAUAUGAUGAUUUACAUAAUAUAGUUUUUUCAUAUUAUAUGUGACUCAGUGAAUACAUAUAUAUAUAUGGAGAGACUAUUUAUGUUCUCUCUGGUUUUUAAAGAUAUAUAUAUAUAUAUAUAAUUUGCAAUCUAGAAAUUGUGUGGUGGAUGUUUUCUUUAAAGUGUGUGUGUGUGUGUACAAGAUGAAAGGAAUACUGACCUUGAUCCUGAACCCUCACAACUGAUAUUUUUUCACCUGAGAAAUGCCACUCACUUCAAUGGAAGCCGUGUGAGAAAGGUGGAAUAAUCUCCUCUCCUGGAGGCCACAUUUUGACCUUAGAUGUGCAAAUUGUGUUCCCGUGGAAGGCUGGGUUGUGGGAGCAGAGGCUGGCCAGCACUAAGCACCUCUGAAUUUUUCAUUCAGAUCCUCAAGAGGCACCCAUACAAGAACAGAUUUGGCUUUGCCUUUGCAAUGCAGUCUUAGCCAAGACUGUAAAGAAUCAAGGGAAAACUUUCAUCUGAUUUCAAGAAGCAUUGGGCCAGGCUUAUUUUGCAUGCUUAUUUUUCUUUUCCAAAACAUUCCUGUUGGGAAGCAAUACUAAGUGGUUGUGUUUGAUGAGUUUUCCCCAGUCAGAAAUGGAAACCAGGCCCAUUUCCAAUGGAGUAAAUGUCAGAAGGGUUUUAAGGGUUAGCAUCUUAAUAAAAAAAAAGACGCCUUUUUUGUUCGUAUUUUGAAGCUGUUGUGAACUUGCAGAUGUUUAGAGAAGUAACCUGGUAUGUUGAACCGAAUGCUGGACAUCGCUUCCAUGCAGCUGGAGGAUGGGCUGAUCUUCCCCAGGUCCUUGUCCACUGCUGGCAGUGGACACCCUACAGCUGGUGCAGUUACAGGGGAGUUGAUGACUUGCUACUCAUGUUCAGCACUGUUUUUAGCAGACUUUGCUCUUAUCUAGGCAUUUAAACAUGGGCGUGGGGUAUCAAACUGCUUCCGUUUGACUUACAAGUGUGUUUGUAAUUUAUGCACAGCAUUAAAUGUUCAGCAACAAUAAGGGCAAAAAAAAAAAGGUGUAUCAAAUAAACUCCAUGGUGCCAAAUGCUAAACAAAUAUUGUAACUGCAGAUACUCGGUUUGCAGCCAUGUUAAGGAUCGUUUGAUUAAUGAAGGAGUUUAAGAAAAAAAAGUUACAAAGCUAUGCAGUGCCAUUGUUACGCUGGGCGGUAAAUGAUGCUUUUUAGACCAUUAGAUUUGUUUAGUAUAUCCUGUCUGAUAAAAUAAGAGAUACUGCAUCCAUAAAACAAUGAAUUUAAAAAAGGCACAGGGUGCAUAACUGUCUCAUAAAAUAUGUAUAAUUGUCAAGUAUAAGCCUUUGAAAUCAUUCUGUACAGUUCUCUUCAUUCUGGAAAUUUAUUACUUAGACUGCUGUCUUUUCAAAUGUUAGCUCAUAAUUUUAUACCGUACACACACAUUCAGACUUGAACACAAACGUUGGAGAAUAGAGCCUUUCU